AUGGUUUUCUUUCCAAUGGCCUAUAGGAAGACUUUUGGAAAGGCACUUAGGGCUUUAUAUCCUCUAGAGUUAGUUCACUCUGACAUUAGCGCACCUAUGAAUGUAAAGGCACACCAUGGCGCUUCUUAUUUCCUUACAUUUAUUGAUGAGCACUCACGAUUUAAUUAUGUCUAUUUGAUCUCAUAUCGCUUUGAGGCAUUGGAUUGUUUCAAGUGCGUUGUUGCACUAGUUGAGAAUCAAACAGACAAGAAAUUGAAAAUCCUUCGAAUAGAUCCAGGGCAUGAGUAUUUAUCACAUCAGUUUCAAGGACUAUGUGAGGAAAAGAGGAUAUGUAGGCAAUUAAAGAUUCCAAGGAUUCCACAACAAAAUGGUGUAGUAGAGAGAUGGAAUCGCACUUUACUUGAUAUCGUUAAAUCGAUGAUGGCGCAAGCCAACCUCCUUAGUGGUGGAAUGACUGAAAAUGAGUUGCGAGAUGUCAAUUUCAUUGAGAAUGAAUUUUCUAAUUUUGAGGAAAUCACACCAUCUUUUGGUAAGGGUGAAGAAUUAGAGACUUAUCAUGAAAUUGCCAAAGAUAGUGGGAGUGAUUUACCUCCUAGUGAGAGAGUUCUAUCAGAAAAUGACUCACUAGGAUCCCAGUUACGUAGAAGUGAACGUGGAAGCAUUCAUCAUCGUUGUUAUAGGAUUGAUGGGGAAUGUUUCAUGUGUACUUCAUUGGAUCUUGAUGAGCCUGCUUCCUAUGAGGAAGCAUUAGUUUCACCUCAUGCUAAUGAGUGGACGAUUGCUAUAAAGGAUUAA